AUGGAACACCCUAACGUCACCAAGAGAACGUCGAAAUCACCGGCUACAGGAAACGCCGAAGCAGCUGCCAUCCACGCUACGUGUGAUCCUAGUAAGCUUGGUGACAUCGAAAACGGGCCGGGCGACAAUAGACAUGGCAUCGAUACCCGUGCUAUCCACGUCGGAGUCGACGCUUCAUACGAGAAGAAGGUUGCCAUCAUGAACGAAGCACUCAUCGACAUAGGUAUGGGGUCAUUCCAGUGGAAAGUCUUCGCCAUGACCGGUUUCGGCUGGUUCCAGUUCUGGAUGCAAGCCAUCACAAUCAUCAGCGCCCCAGUCCGCAACGAGUUCGCAGUCGAGCGCAUCGCCUUUCUCACAGUAGCCAAGUACGUCGGCCUCGUAAUCGGCGCGACCGCCUGGCCCAUGACGGCAGACUUCAUCGGCAGGAAGCUCGCUUUCAACGUCACGCUCCUCAUCUCAUCGAUCUCCGGUCUGGUCGGGGCAGGCGCCCCAAACUUCGUCGCCAUCGCGACCUUUUGCGCCUUCAUUGGACUGGGCACGGGCGGGAACCAGCCGGUCGACAGCGCCAUCUUCCUUGAAUUCAUCCCAGCGACGCACCAGUACCUCCUGACGAUGCAGUCUGCGUUUUGGUCGCUGGGCCAAGCCGUCGCCGCGCUCAUCGCCUGGCCCCUGAUCGCGAACUUCUCCUGUCCGUCGGGUUCGCCGGCUGGACAGUGCCGGUACGAGGAUAACCUCGGAUGGAGAUACACCUACUGGGCUUUUGGCGGACUGACUCUGGUUAUGUACCUGUUGCGUCUCUGUUUCCGGGUUUAUGAGACGCCCAAGUACCUCCUUGGAAGGGGGCUCGACAGAGAGGCGGUCGAAGUGGUUCAGAAGAUUGCUGCGAGGAACGGGGGUUCGACUUGGCUCAGUCUCGAACAUUUCCAAACCAUCGACGCCGAGUUACAAGUAGGGAACGAUGAUACCUCCCGAAGCGCACCAACCAUCGACAAUCGGGGUGUGCUGCGGCGACAUCUGGAGACCUUCAAGCCUGAGAAGAUUCUAACCCUCUUCUCGACACCGCGGUCUGCGCUCUCGACCACUCUUGUCUUAUUCCUAUGGUGCUCCAUCGGCAUGGCGUUUCCGCUGUACAACUCAUUUAUUCCUAUCUUUCUGGAGAACAAGGGGGCGAGCCAGGGCGACUCCUCGCUGUCGACCACGUACCGCAACUACGCGAUCCAAGCCGUGUGCGGUAUCCCGGCGUCGAUCCUCGGCGGUUUCAUGGUCGACAUGAGACGCAUCGGUCGGAAAGGCACCGGGACGUUCGCCUGCCUCGGAACAGGAGUAUUCUUGUUUCUCUUCACGAAAGCGACCACACCGGCUGGGGUCACGGGCUUCACAUGCGCCAUCGCCUUCUUCCAGAACCUCGUCUACGGGCUUCUCUACUCGUAUACCCCAGAGCUAUUUCCUGCGCCGGUUCGAGGUUCCGCGAAUGGCCUUGUGGCUUUGUUCAAUCGCAUGAGCGGGCUGAUGGCGCCCAUCAUUGCGGCUAACGGGGCUGACAGAACCUCGCUCGAGGAUUUCGCCUACAACCAACAUGAACUCGUCUCGCUCAUCAAGAGAUACUACGAGCUCCUCGUGGAGAUGGCAUACUUCGAGACAGAAGAUGUCCGUUGGCCUCACGAGCCAGCAGGGUGGUCCGAUUCUGAACUCGACGUGGACUCGCUUCGCUUGCUGGGUCGCAACGAGACGGUGAUCGACUUGCUACGACAUCUCCCGUAUCCACGCGAAGACCGCACCGAGAUUCACAGCUGGGCCAUGGCUAUAUCCUAUUUACGCGAGCACUGGCGACCCGAGGAGUACGGUCAGCCCGGAUGGCACCAGAAGGACCUAUGCAUGCUCGGAUUGGCUCCCUACGAUGGGCAUACGCCCCCGAAUUUCAUUUGUCUCACGCAGGACGGGUCGACGGUAGGCAUCUGGUGGGUUAUCGAUACACAGCGAGGAUGCAUCUACCCACACGGAGGUUCUUACAUGCUAUUCGGAGACGAGCCUCCCGAGGCAGAGGAGCAAUGGUGGCUUCAUGCGAAAGCUGUGACAUUUGCCGAAUUCUUCAACAAAGUCAUCAACGACUUGUCGUCAUUGGAACUCGUCCCUCUGCCAGCAACCGAAAAUCACCCAGCAGGGGUCGCCAAUCAUCAGAGGGAGGAUGCACAAGCUAUGAGAGAUUUGUACAGAGAGUAUGGUUGGCCGCACGCUUUUCGCAGAGAAGAGUUUCGUCAAGCUGCAGUUCCCGCUCGUCUGACUGCUUUACGCGAGAUGUUUCCCCACUCGGACUCGGAGAUGGACCCGGCUGAGAUAGAGGCACUGGAGAAUGAGGCUCGCGAAUCCGGACACCAGUGA